CACACACACUCUCUCUUUCUCUCUCUCCGGCCUCCUCUCUCUCCUCUGCCUCGACUCGGCAAUCGCCCGGAGUGACCGAAACCCUAACCACCUCCCUGAGCACCGUCGUUUUGCACCGAGUUUCACAGUUAGCGUUCGUUCCAUUAGGUUCUGCUAGGCUUCCCGUGGAUUGAACUUUCUCGGGGUUUCUCUACUCUGGAAUUGCAAGACAUUAAAAAUUGAUCUUCGUCGUUGGCUUGAUGUGGAUGUGGAUUUUGAGUCACACUUAGCAUUUAUUGUGGCAACAUAGUCAGCACAGACUUAUAAUUUGUGGGGGAUAAAGCAUGCAGUUCAUUGCUGAGUACAUUUACGCAUGAACUAGGCGCUACAUAACUUAUUAGUAGAAACCGUUUCAAAUGGAUGUUCAAGUAAUAAAUGUAGAAGAAGGGACUGGUCACCGAGCUAUGACUGAUGAUGGGGAUGCUGAACCUAGUGAAGGCGAAGUUAAUAAUGCUGAAAACUCAGGAUCUCAUGUUGAGGAUGGAAUUUCUGAGCCAUUUGUUGGUAUGGAGUUUGAUUCUGAAGACGCUGUGAGGACUUUCUACAAUGAGUAUGCCAAAAGGGUGGGUUUCACCACUAAAGUUGGUCAGCAUGGCCGUUCUAAAGUUGAUGGGACAAUCAUGUAUCGGGAGUAUGUCUGUGGCAAGGAAGGCUUAAAAAGAAGGUUAGGUGACAGUUGUGAUGCAAUGAUUAAAGUAGAGUUAAAAGGUCAAAAUAAAUGGGUCAUAACAAAAUUUGUGAAGGAGCAUAGCCAUUCCAUGGGGAAUCCCAGUAAGGUGCAUCACCUUCGGCCACGUAAGCAUUUUUCUAGUGUUGGAAAGACCAUGCCUGAAACUUACCAAGGAGUGGGACUUGUUCCAAGUGGUGUCAUGUAUGUGUCCAUGGAUGGCAAUCGUGUUUCUAGUGAGAAUAUUCGUGAAGCUAAGAACACUCCUCUUGAACCAAGUCAUGCAGCAAGGAAUUCUGCAAUGAUGAAUAAUACUGGUAGGCCUCCUAUUCGGAGGAGGACAUUAGGGAGAGAUGCUCAGAACCUGCUGGAGUAUUUUAAGAAAAUGCAGGCUGAGAAUCCUGGUUUCUUCUAUGCUAUACAACUUGAUGAAGAAAAUCAUAUGUCGAAUGUAUUUUGGGCGGAUGCAAGAUCAAGGAUGGCGUACAGUUAUUUUGGUGAUGCAGUGACGCUGGACACAACAUACAAAGUGAAUCAAUACAGAGUUCCUUUUGUCCCAUUUACUGGGGUGAACCAUCAUGGUCAAACAAUUUUGUUUGGUUGCGCACUUCUUUUGGAUGAUUCUGAGGCUUCUUUCUUAUGGCUCUUUAAGACAUUUUUGACAGCAAUGAAUGAUCGCCAACCUGUCUCUAUAAUUACAGAUCAAAACAAAGCCACCCAGACAGCAGUUUCUCAAGUUUUUCCUCAAGCACGCCACUGUAUAAGUAAGUGGCAUGUCCUCAGAGAAGGCCAGGAAAAGUUGGCGCAUGUUUGUCUUGCUCACCGGAACUUUCAGGUUGAACUUUAUAAUUGUAUUAACCUAACAGAGACCAUUGAGGAAUUUGAGUCGUCUUGGAGUUCUAUCCUUGAUAAAUAUGAGCUCAGAAGAAAUGAUUGGCUUCAUUCAUUAUAUGAUGCUCGUGCUCAGUGGGUUCCGGCAUAUUUUCAUGAUUCAUUUUUCGCUGCAAUAUCUCCUAGUAGAGGAUUUGACAGUUCUUUUUUUGACGGUUAUGUCAACCAGCAGACAACAUUACCAAUGUUCUUUAGGGAGUAUGAAAGGGCUUUAGAGAACUGGCUUGAGAAGGAAAUAGAAGCAGAUUUUGAAACUAUAUGCACCACACCAGUUUUGAGGACACCUUCACCCAUGGAAAAACAGGCUGCGAGUCUUUAUACAAGAAAAAUAUUUUCUCUGUUUCAGGAAGAGCUUGUUGAAACAUUUGUGUAUACUGCCAAUAGAAUUGAAGGUGAUGAGGUAAAUAGCACAUUCAGGGUUGCAAAAUUUGAAGAUGAUCAAAAGGCAUAUGUUGUCACAUUAAACCAUUCGGAGCUGAGAGCUAACUGUAGUUGUCAAAUGUUUGAGUAUUCAGGCAUCCUUUGCAGGCAUGUCUUAACCGUUUUCACAGUGACCAAUGUACUUACAUUACCACCCCAUUACAUCUUAAGACGGUGGACAAGGAAUGCAAAAUCUGGUGUUGGAUCAGAUGAACGUGCUGGUGAAUUACAUGGACAGGAGUCUCUAACAUCACGGUAUAGCAAUCUAUGUAGGGAAGCAAUCAGAUAUGCUGAGGAAGGGGCAGUAGCUGUGGAAACAUAUAAUGCUGCUUUGAGUGCCCUUAAAGAAGCUGGCAAGAAGAUCGCUGCUGUGAAGAAAAGUGUUUCCAAAGUUGCUCCUCCUAGCAAUCAGACUGGCGGGACUGCCUAUGAUGACAAAAAAACUUCUACGUCAACUUCAGAUGCAACCCCUCUUCUGUGGCCACAGCAUGAUGAAAUAAUGAGGAGGUUUAAUCUUAAUGAUGCUGGUGCUCCUGUUCAAUCAGUUGCUGAUCUAAAUUUGCCACGAAUGGCUCCUGUGUCACUUCAGCGAGAUGAUGGUCCAUCUGACAGCAUGGUAUGUAGAAAGGUGGUUCUCCCCUGUCUGAAAUCAAUGACCUGGGUGAUGGAGAACAAAAAUUCAUCUCCUGGUAAUAGAGUAGCUGUUAUCAAUUUGAAGUUACAAGAUUACAGCAGGACUCCAUCAGCAGAAUCUGAGGUGAAGUUUCAGCUCUCUAGAGUUUCUUUGGAACCGAUGUUGAGGUCUAUGGCCUACAUCAGUGAGCAGCUCUCAACACCAGUUAAUAAGGUUGCUGUAAUAAAUCUCAAGCUUCAAGAUACUGAGACAACUUCUGGGGAGUCUGAAGUCAAGUUUCAGGUCUCCAGGGACACAUUGGGUGCCAUGUUACGAUCAAUGGCUUAUAUUCGUGAGCAACUCUCUCAUGCUGGAGAUACGCAGUCAGAGCCUGUAUGGAAAAGGCAUCGAAAAUAAGCCUGAAAAGUUUCUUUUCCACGCUCAGGUGGGUUUGUGACUACUUUGACGGCAAUGUGUAGUGCCCAGUGAAUACGUGAAUGGCUUAGAAAAAUGUAGUGUUUUAUUUUAAUUUGGAUAGCCUUUAUUUUAGGGAGGAAAAAAAAAAAGAGAAAAUUCUCUGCAGAGAGUUGUUGCCUAACAUUUGUACAGGUAUUGUCCCAUAGGCAACAAGCAUGUAUUACAUGGAAUCAGUUGAUAUAUCCCCUACCCCCCCCCCCCCUUUUUUUCCUGCCAAAGCGACCUGACCCGCUCUAAUGGAGUAGGAAUUUGGGUUUCAAUUCAUUCUUCUUAAUCUUAAGCCACAAGGCAUCUUGCAGUGAGCGGGGGCUGUCUGGUUCCUCUCCAUGGAAAGGAUAUUCCGUUCUACCUUGAGGUAAAAAAAGAAAUUUGGAUAGGUUUGAUU